CGCCGCGACGUUGCCAGGGUUUCCGCGCAGCGUAACGCGUCAGCGCGCGUGCGUGGCGGAGGGCGAGCGGUGCCGGAUCACAGCGCGCGGGAUGCUGCCUGCCUUCCUAAGCGUUCACAGUGCUUCCUAAUAUUAAUGCGGAUUUCCAGAAUCUUCACGUUUUUCCCGCUGUGGUUAUUGUGUUCUUCGGGUUCCCGAUGGCACUGUUGACAAGAGGCUUCGUGCCUUUGACUCCGACUGCAGAAGCACUUUGCCGGAUGUUCAGUACCUCGCCGGUCUGUGCGGCCAUACAGAAAAUGACCAAGGUGCGGGUGGUGGACAACAGCUCCCUCGGCAACACCCCGUACCACCGGCCACCCAAGUGCAUUCACGUCUACACCAAGAACGGCGUCGGCAAAGUGGGCGACAAGAUCUUGCUGGCCAUCAAAGGGCAGAAGAAGAAAGCUCUGAUCGUCGGCCACAAGAUGCCCGGCCCCAGGAUGACGGCCAGGUUCGACUCCAACAACGUGGUGCUCAUCGAAGACAACGGCAACCCCACGGGGACACGCAUCAAGGUGCCCGUCCCCACCAGCCUGCGGCGGCUGAAAGGGGAGUAUUCCAAAGUGCUAGCCAUUGCUCAGACGUUUGUCUGACUGGGAACCACCAACUAUGGCCAUCACAUUAUGAGACUCAAUCACUUCCUGCAGCUUGCAUGGCUGCUGCUCUUCCUUCCAAGUUUUGAAGUUGGUUCUGCACUAUCGCUCUCCAUUUUAUAUAUUAAACAUACUUGAUGUUC